UGCGAAAGUAGAGGCCAGGAGGAGGGUGCGUAGCGUGGAACAGGAUUAUACGAUGAACCCACCCUUUGAUAUGACGAUCCCGUCACGGAAGCAGCUCACAUGUUCCGACGGUACAGGCUUAUGAAUAGGUGACGUUUCAAAGCUUUCUUAAAAAUGAAAAAAAAUCUCUUAGCGCUCCCGCGACGCUCCCCGCGAGCACCAUGGGAGAACCCUAGCGCCGCCACCCUCCGGGCGUCCUCCUUCCCUUCUUCCCCACGCCGCCGUCGGUGGGCGCGGGCGGCGGCAGGGAUUCUCCUCCUCUCCCUUCUGCAUUCAUGGGCUGCGGGGGGAGGGGGGCUUCUGUGGCGGGGGCGCGGGCGCGGUUUCGGCCUCUGGCGGCGGGGUCAGGCGGUACGGCGCUGUUGCGGGGCGUCUCGGUCGGCUCCAGGGUAUGGCAGCGGCGGCCGGCUGGGACUCUGCCUAGAUCCGGUUCGUCUCGUCCCUGGGUGCCUCGGGUGCUACUCGAGGCUGAAGUGUUCGCGGCGCAGCUGGGGUGGCCUGCCGGCGGCGGCAUGGAUGGCUAGGGCGCAUCGGGCUUCCUGGUCCAGGGAGCGGGCGUGGCUGUCGGGCGGAGGUGCGUUCGGUGGCGGUGUAUCUGCAGUUCUGCACAUCGGCUCCCUACGGCGCGGGCUGAGAGUGCCGUGGCCUGGUGACCCCGAGGUCGUCGGGCGGCAGCUGCAGACGGCAGCUCUUCUCACGGGCGUGGAGGCGGGGCUGAGGUUUGGAAUUAGGUAUGGAAAAAGGAGACUAAACGUUGAGAGAACAAAAUGUAUGCAAGAGAUAGUCUGCGACUGCUCGGGGGUCCCAAAAAGAAGUAAUACACGGUCUUGCCGGUGUAGGUGCCCAGCGAUGAUAUGGUUGCUCCGGUCAAAAGACAACAGCUGCAUGGCAGCUGCUGUCGAAUAUGAAUGAUGAUUGAUGAAUGCUUGCUCCUUGUACUGCUUGCCGUUAGGUAGCAUGGCAUUGGGGGACGAGGAUCAAUCAAGCACUUGAUAAAAGAGACACCAAACGGGAAAGUAUUAUCUAUUCUGAUCUUUUUCUCAUUAAUUUUUUAUCUUAACUCUAUAUUUACAUGGCAUAUUUUUAUUUUAUUUCAUAUAUACUCGCCAUAUUUCUGAAUGGCUGUUUCUGGAACAUGUCGUAUCCUGUGUCCCCGUAUGCGUAUCCCCGUCUUUCCGUCCCCGUGUCCAUGCUUUUUAGCUUAUUACUACCUAUAUUUGUGAAAUGUCUUAAUGUUGUUGUGCUAUAUUUACGAAAUUUUAUACAUCAGAUUGUGUGCUUAAUACUGCUACACUUGCAAAAUGUCCGAUGAGCGGUUUCGGAUAUGAUAAGUUUGAAUGGGUACAAUGCAGCUGGGACUAACCAAAUAGUUAAUCAAUAGCAGGGAUUACAAGGUUGCUAGGGAAUCAACCUCCACAAAGAUUGAUUGACAAGUACGGGAUCAACCCAAUCACUGGGUGGAUUAGUUCCACUAGGGGAUUGGCCGGUCCCCCUAUAACCAAACAAGGCCUACGGUUGUCCUCCAUCUGGUGGAACAUCGUAACAAAGAUGGACUUUGCCUUAAACGUGUAGCCAGUUUCAGAAAUGGUGUUCAUCGUUACUUUGUUUUUCCUGUAGGGCAGCACGGGUGAUGAAAGCUAACACGCCAUCGGAGCAGCAUGCGAGUGAGGUGUACACUAGGGCCCAUGUUCGAGAAGUUUGGCCAGAUACUGUAGGAAGCAGGGCAGUACAGGGUCGAACCUGUUGAGCAAGGCAUGAAGUACCUAGUGCGGCGGCACAAUCCGGAGAGGCAUGACAAACGGUGCAAGGUGGUGUAUGAGGUCACAGUUGAUGGAGGGGGUGAUCAGUUUCUAUGCGAGUGCGGCAACUUCGAGCACACGAGAAUGUUGUGCAGUCAUUCACUGAAGGCACAUAAAAUUUGUUCAAAUGCUUCAUGCCUAUAGCGACAGUGUUUAAUGGACCAACAUGUGACAUCUCGAUUAAUGAUGCUACUCAGGCGCAAGUCAUGGAUUUUAUGGGAGUCACGGAGACACACCAGACAGAGGUGACAUGCUGAAGAAACCGAGGAGGUAGCUGAAAUGCACCCACUGUGCCGUAGGUGGUCACCGGCGAAACAUGUGCGGAAACCCAAGUAUGGUGCUUCAUGCCGUGCCUCCUGCUGAAACCCCAAUCCGGCUGGAGGUGACAGUUGUGUAGUUAGCUUUGUUUCUAGUUUUGCGUCCAAUUUGUACAAUUUGAUUUUGUCUUGUGAGCUAGUAGGAUAGUAGGAUUUUCCUAAACCUGUGUGCAUUUAACGUAACCCUGUGUCACCCGCAAAAUAAGCUACAAGUAUUGUGAAAAAUUAUGAUUGUUAA